UGCACUCGUUGCAGUAGGAGGGUUAUGGGAGAGAAUGACGUCGCCUUGACUGCAAGUCACAUCGACUCCUCCGUUUGUUUUCAUUACUCCGUCUUUUUAAUACUCGUCACUCCUGCGAAAUUAAAUGUGAGAUGAUCCGCCGCUGUUGGUUUCGACCCGCGUCUGUGCCGUUCGUCCUGUCAACAGCAGCAGCAGCGGCAGCGGCAGCAGCAGCAGCAGCAGCAGCGCACUCUCUGUCUGUUGCGGAUUACUGCUGAUAAUACGCAGUAGACUAAUCCACUUGUGUUUAGCUGUCAAACUAUGCGUUAGAAGAGAGAGUGAGGGAGAGAGAGAGAGAGAGAAAGAGGGAGGGAGAGAGAGAGGAGACGGAGCCCAGACUUUACCGUGCGUCUUUUUUUGUCCUUUGGAAUAUACCGCUGCCCAGCAACACACCCACCUGACAACUCUGAAUGUCGUAAUUAAGGUAAAUCAAUGAGCCUGCCAUGGAGACCAAAAGAUACCAACAUUUCUUCGAUGGAAGUGAUACAGAGAACAAAUGGUCUCAGAUCCCCAGCACCAUGGAAUACUGCUGCAGCACAGAAGAUUCAAGUCCGACUAGUGGUGAUACCUUCAUGGACAUAGUCAACGUCAGCUGCCCUGCUGGAACCGCAGCCACCGAGAGCAAAGACAACAAUAUAAAGAAGCUGGAGCAGCCAAUGCGUCGACUUGGCCAGAACCAGUCAUUUGUUCUGCCACACUUCAACAACUCUCUCCACGGUCAUAAGCAGGAAAUGGACUCCAAGGAGCUUUCCAAGACUGUGGCUGAGUCUAUGGGUCUGUAUAUGAAUGCUGCCAGGGAGGCAGACUUUGCCUUCAACCAACACGGGGGCAGCACCAGCCCUGGGAAGAUGUAUUCAGUGUGUGGACGGCCUCUUGAGGAGACCAACCGUGGAACCACAAAGAGUCCCAAGAUACAGCAAAUAGGUUUCCAGCUGUCCAGCACCACGCCUAGAGAAUGCACCGCUGAGACUCCAGUCAGCUCAGUGUCAAUGAUGGUCUCAUCUGUGUCCUGCAGCCCCCAGAACUCCAGCUCCAUCUCCAGCCCCGGGGGCAGCAACAAUAUGGUGUCAUCAACCACCAGUCCCCCGACGUGCUUUGGACCGAUGUGUCCAUCCGUGAGUAGUCCGGUCAGCCAGACGUCUUGUCCUGUAACUCUGGCCAACAUCAAGCACAGGAAUUCAGCCACCUGCAGCCCUGUAGAGUCCACUACAGUGGGCUCACCACCCCUCACCAGUCCACUCAAUGUCAUGAGGUCUCCCAUGUCAAGCCCCCAGAGUAUGAGCAGUGUGACAUCGCCUCCAUCCUGCAGCACUACAUGUAACAUGAGGUCGUCCGUCUCGAGCCCCACUGGUGGCAGCUGCACUGCCAACAACUGCAACACAGUAAGGCCGUCCAUCUCCAGCCCGGCCACGGGGAGCGCUAUGGCUGUCAACAGCCCACAGAACCCGUCCUCUGUGGGGUUUCCUGUGUCCAGUCCUGCUGGUGGACUGGGUCUGGUGCAGAAUGACACCAACAGCCCAGAGGCAACAGCUCUGGCCACGGACACAGACUUCAAGAACUUUGAGUUCCCUAAAGUAGAGAUGGUAGAUGGGGAGAUGUUCAAUGUCGGCUUAGAUCAGAUGGGCAUGGUUAAGUACAUUAAGAACGAGCCUGGGACUGACUUGAGGAGCAUGUGUUUGGGUAGCUCCAAAUGUAAUGCGAGUAGCACACCCUUUAUCACGCAGAUUAAGAAUGAGCCAAACAAAAACGAGGGCUGUAUGAAUCAGCAGUCCUAUUGUGAACAGUCACCCUCUCUUGGCCUCUUUCCUGUGUCUGAGACCACCUAUUUGUCCCUGAGGAAUAACAUUGACGAGUACAGUCUCUCUGGUAUCUUAGGACCCCCAGUCUCUAUGAAUGGGAGCUAUGAGCCCGACGUGUUCUCCAACAAUGUCAUGUCUAAGGGCGUUAAGCAGGAGUCAAAUGAUGGCAGCUACUACCAAGAGAACAACAGCAUGCCCACGUCGGCCAUUGUUGGGGUUAAUUCUGGGGGACACUCAUUCCAUUAUCAGAUUGGAGCCCAAGGAACAAUGUCUAUCACGCGGCAUGAUGUGAGGGACCAGUCCAACCCUUUGUUGAAUCUAAUUUCACCCGUAACUGCGUUAAUGGAGUCGUGGAAAUCUCGGCCAGGCAUGUCAUCCAGAGGGGAAGGAUACCCAGGUCAAAACUGCAUCACAGACAACAUGUCCAGCUCGCCACUGAGGCAACCGUCCACAACAGUCAAAGUGUGUCUGGUUUGUGGAGACGAGGCAUCAGGAUGCCACUACGGCGUCGUGACGUGCGGAAGCUGCAAAGUCUUCUUCAAAAGAGCUGUGGAAGGUAUGAACAAACAAGGUCAGCAUAACUACCUGUGCGCCGGGAGGAACGACUGCAUCAUUGACAAGAUUCGAAGGAAGAACUGCCCGGCGUGUCGCGUACGGAAGUGUUUCAAGGCCGGGAUGAAUCUCGGAGCACGGAAAUCCAAAAAGUCCGGCAAGAUACGGACAGUCAACGACGACCCGCAGAGCUCGAAGGAUGGCCAAACUGCCACAGGUGGUGUUGGCGGCAGUUACCUGUCCCAACAAAAGGAGCUGAAUGCCAGCGCUGCCAACGCCCUGGUGCCCCACGGGCCUGGGGUGGUCACACCUUUCCUGCCGCCCUCAAUUUGCAGCGUGUUGGAGCUGAUUGAGCCUGAAGAAGUGUACUCUGGCUACGACAACACACAGCCUGACACCACUGACCACCUGCUGUCCAGUCUCAACCGCCUGGCCGGAAAGCAGAUGGUGCGCAUGGUGAAGUGGGCCAAAGUACUUCCAGGUUUCCGGGGCCUGCCCAUCGAGGACCAAAUCACCCUGAUCCAGUACUCGUGGAUGUGUCUGUCCUCCUUUUGCCUCAGCUGGCGCUCAUACAAACACACCAAUGGACAGAUGCUCUACUUUGCCCCUGACCUCAUCUUUAACGAGGACCGAAUGCAGCAGUCAGCCAUGUAUGAGCUGUGUGUGGGAAUGAGGCAGGUGAGCCAGGAGUUUGUACGUUUGCAGCUAAGCUACGAGGAGUUCCUCUCCAUGAAGGUCCUUCUGCUCCUCAGCACAGUUCCAAAAGAGGGUCUGAAGAACCAGGCAGCGUUCGAGGAGAUGAGGGUUAAUUACAUCAAGGAGCUCCGGCGCUCGGUGGGAAAAGCAACCAACAACUCUGGCCAAACCUGGCAGCGCUUCUUCCAGCUCACCAAGCUACUCGAUGCCAUGCAUGAUCUGGUGGGAAACCUAUUGGACUUCUGUUUCUACACCUUCCGCGAAUCCCAGGCGCUGAAGGUGGAGUUCCCCGAAAUGUUGGUGGAAAUCAUCAGUGACCAGAUACCAAAGGUGGAGUCAGGCCUCACUCACACGCUCUACUUCCACAAGAAGUGACUCACUUAACUCUUGGGACAGAAGCAACAUUGCAAACUGGAAGAAGGGAGUAAAAAAAAUAAAUAAAUAUUCAAGGAACAGAAAGUGUGCAAGAAAGGCCUGAGCAGUUGGUCGUCACCCUGUAUGCCUGCAUCGUUGUCUUGGAUGGGAAAGUUUGAGAGACACGGAGACAAGUGGACUAAGCAAACUAGAAUACGGAGGAAGGAUUUGACCGCGCUGUCGCGACGAGCAGGUCGGAGCUGUGAAUACCCAUGGAGCCCGUGUGACGCGCCGACGAGCACUUAUGACAAAUGUGACAGUCCCCCCCCGCCCCAAAGACAAUUACAGUAUUUUCUAUGGAGAUGAAGCCAUACAUUUCUUAGGAUGCGCUAGAUAUGUUCACUAUGUGCACGCACACGUACACACACACACACACACACAGACAGACACACACACACUGAGGGAUAUCGAUACACAUGCUGUCCACAUGCCUUCACGCAGACGCACAGAUGCACUCCACAUGCACUCAAAUCAGACAAAUCCCUGACAAAUCUACAGAAAAAGGUUUUUUGCAAAUAUUAACUGUGGCUUAUGCAGUCUCUCACAAAUAAAAAAAAAAAGCACUACAGAAAAAAAAACAAAAACAAAAAACAUGCCAAUACUUAGACCGUGCUUUGCAGUGUAGCAACAUACUGCAAGACUACAGGGCAAAGGACACUAUGAGGAGGCACAGAAAUAAUAGACUGUAAGGCGAUAGGUCUAUUUGAAUAUAUUCCAAGGGCUAUACAAGCGUCAUCUUAGGCUUAAUAAUUACAUUAAAUCUAACAAGUCCAAGUUUGAAGCUCAAUCAGUGUUGUAACAGCCAUCGUAAACAUUCACAUAGUGCGUUCUUAAUUACAAUAUGUAGUAAAACAAUCAAAACUAAUAUGCAAAAGGUCCAAAGCUAACUCUGUUUUGAAAUAAAAAUGUCUCUUUGUAAAGGAAAGCUUGCACGUGGCGCUCCCAUUUCAUGAAAUCACUAUAUUAAGACAUUGGGGUGAAGACAUAAGACAAUAUUGAUGAGCAAAUUCACCUCUGUUUAAAAUGGCCAGUGGGUGCUGCGGCAUUGGAAAACAUCAUAUGUAAGAGGAAAUUAUUUCAAUUGAGUUCUCUGGUAAUGGAUUUGACUGAGGUGCAUCCAUAGUAAUUGCUGUCAUUUGUGUUAUCUCCAGAGCAGCUGUCCAAAUGUCUGUUUUUACUCACAGUGAAGCAAAACCAGCCCUUUGUGAAUCAAUACUUAUCUACUCUUCCCAGAAAUAAUAAAAAGCAUUUUAUAAAAGUGUGUUGCAGAAGUUUAGUUUUUGACAAGUCAGUCAUUUUACAUUAAGGUGCUUCAUUUCUACAAAGCCAGGCAAAACAUAAUGUACAGUCAACUUGUAGAUCAUUCUAUACAAUAACACUAUAUGGACAUACACUUUAAAGACUACAUACUAUGUAAAGACGACAUAAUCCAAAACGGAGCAUUACUCUUCAGUGCUUAUAGCAAAAUGGCUCAUGUAUCAAAACCAGGCAAAUGUGUACAGGUAUUAACUUCUUAAACACGUUCUCUUCAGCUGUUGUACAGUACACGUUCAUGGAUGCUUGAUGAGGAACUGUUGGUAUAAUCAACUCUCCUAAUUUAGUUUAUUUCCUUUCUCUUAGCUUUGGGCCAAGUACUACUAUUUUAGGUAGGCCCAGUCAUCUGGACCAUUAACUUGUCUCGCACCCCACUGGUUUCUGUGUGGUUGUGGAAAACUACUAUAAAGCUACUGAAAAGCGAUAGAGCCGCUGGGGGAGAAAAACAGUGGGUGUGUGGCGUUUUCUUUUUUUCCUUUUUUUCUUUCUUUCUGUGCCCUGUGAGUGUGUACUUACACGUGAGGAUGGACAAGUGAGUGUGUGGCUUACAUUUGUGUGUUUGGUUGUCGUUUUCUUUUUCUUUCAUGGCAAGCAUGUGCAUAGUUGAUCUGUUAUUUCAGCGUGGGUAUUAUGCAUUUACGUUAUAGGAUUAGCCAUAUCCUAUUUCCACAUUUAGAUUUGCACAGGAGGAGAUACAAUGUGAAAUGAGGUAUUAAUGCAGCUAGCGGGAAAGGUCUGUUUUGAUAAGUAACUGUGAUGUUCCUGGAAAAGAGUUCCUGCAUAGUCAACCAGCCUGUAGUUUAACAACACGAUUUCACUGGCACGGCAGGGCGCUUUCUUUGCAUCUGUGGCCUCAGCGCUCGCAUGACGGCACCGUGCAAAAGGAAAAAAAAAACGGCGGAGGCGAGGUCUCUUCUGUUGAGGUUACUGUGUGAAGGUUGAGGUACAAAGAGGUGGAGGAACCAGGAUUACAACCGUCAUUAGGGAUGAUGUGAAAAUUACCGGGUGGCAGAAGAGCAGAAGAAAGAGAAUGAUGCAUAUUUAAUUUUUUUCUUUUUUUUGUUAGAGGGUGGGAUGUCAGGGCAGGAAGGGUAGUUCUUCUAUUUCUCACAUUUAAUUGAGCUGGCACCUGAAACUGGUUCACUCAUUUGGUUACUUCCAUUGACCAAACCAUUGUCAGGUUGCAGUUUAAAAUGAUUAAACUCAACAUCUUUUUUUUUUUUUACAUAAAGUAACUUAUUAUUUUUCAGCUAUUACAUUUCCAAGACUUGACUGGGUUUAAAGACAGCAUUAAUAUCACACUCCACCAUAAUAAUUUUCACACAGUCCCUAUCAGAAGGGCCUCGUUUAACAGCCCAUCGUUGUCACUCAUUAUUGUGUUCAAGUUGUGAAGGACCCUUAAGCUAAUCUCUCACCGUUUCUUGUUUUGCCACUUUGUCCUUUUUAAAGGAAUAAAAAAAAAAAAAAUACUGUCUAAAGGUUCAUAGGAUGAAUGGGAAAGUAUUUUUGAGAGAAUUAUAUUUUGCUGGAAAACAAUAUUUAAGUACUUUGUCUAAAACGAUAUCCUUUUUGUAAAAUGAAAUGUCGAUGCAUGCUUUUUGAUGAGAUGUUUACAUUGUAUUUAAAAAAGGGAAACUUGUGCCUUUUUUAUCUCACCUGAUUUACAAUUUUACAGUAUAUAUUGUAAAUAAUACAGCAAGUCUUUAUGUUGAGUAUAUAGUAUAAAACAUUUCUACUUUAUCCAUCUCGUGUUGGAAUAUUGGAGGUUUCCCACUUGCCAUGUUCUGUGUGUCGAAUCACAGAGAAAACUUUAAAGUAAGGGUUGGCAGCAGAAAGGGCCAAACAAAGAAAUGAAUGUAUUAUACAUUGUGGAGACUUAUGGAACUUACAACCUGAAUGUUAGAGAGUAAAAAGUAAAAAAAUAAAAAAUAAAUAAACAAAUACAAAAAUAAUAAUUAUCAAAAAAGUUUUUUUUUUUUUUUGGUUUUGUUUUGUAACAAGAUGUGAGUGGAUCACUGACAAGUUGCUGUGGAACUUAUUUCCUAACACAUGACGUUACUGUUGCAGAGCACCACAAUAAAACCAAGAAGUCACAAACAAA